AUGAGCAAAAAGGUGCUAUCCAUAAUAUUACGGGCUGUCGUGGCAAAAUCAUCACGUUACUUUAUUGAAACUAUUGCCAUCUGUCUCAUCGUAGCCUGUGGGGCUUACUUUUCCCUAGUCCAUUUAUUCCCAACUGUUACCUUCAACUCUACACCCAUAAAGCCACUACAACCACCAAGCUUCUAUCUACCAAACAUAGAUAAUUUAGCAUCCGAUGAUCAAGGACAACUGAGCCAACGUAGCUUCUCUCUUUGGAAUGCAACCAUACACCCUGAUGUCCAACAACACAUCAUCGUCAAACAUAUAAUAGUAGAUACUCCUCGGACAUUAUUGGUCGUACCUCCUCAAGGAGUCCUCACGAAAUCAAUCCUAAAGUCGCUCCAUACGCUACACAUGGCUGCCUUGGACUUGCAGGUCAUAGAUCCUGAAGAUGGAAGCUCCGUCGGUUUGACAGAUAUAUGCUAUCGAUCGUCAACCAACGACGAAUGUCUAAUCAUGUCUCCUCUCCAACCGUGGAAUAACGAUAUCACGGUAUUGAAUGCGGAUGACAAUAUCUUUAAUACCCUAUCGUCAUACAGCCAAGACUCCUGGCGUGACGGUGUAUUCGCCAAACCUGCCAUCUCUGCUGCCACAAACAAGGUCGAAGGAGCCUCUGCUCUGGUGCUGAGCUUCUUUAUAGAUAGCAGCAAACACCCGAGAGCUAUUCCUGUAUGGGAACGGCAGCUUGAUGAACUGCGCGUGGACAAUCUAUACCCAAAGUUUAUGAAACGGGAGGUCGAUGGAAGUGGCUCUAACUUCCUGUUGCCUGAUUGGUCUGACGCUGCUUGGAAGUUUCGUGAAUUCCUUGAGACCUCGACAAACCACGACUUGUUUGUCGUCUUCACAAGCUUUGUACUCAUGCAUGCCACAUUCAUCUCCCUCUUCAUCAACAUGAGGAAGUUGGGCUCAAAGUUCUCAUUGGGAUUCACUGUGCUCAUCAAUGGCACAUGUGCUCUAUUGGUUGCUCUUGUUAUCGCUCGUGUUGUUGGUAUCAGUCUUGAUAUUAUUCAACUGAGUGAAGCAAUUCCAUUCUUGGUGGUGACUAUCGGUUUCGAAAAGCCAUAUAUUCUCAGCAAGGCGAUACUGAACGCAGUCAAUACCAACCCUGAAGCAUCGACUCGUGAUAACGUGUGGCGUGGAGUAGAAGCUGUCGGUCCAUCGCUCUUACUAGACUAUUUAAUUGAAGUUGGUGUUCUUGGACUUGGUGGUUCUACUGGUUCUCGUGGUGGACUAAGAGAAUUCUGUCUAUUGGCAUCUUGGAUUUUAUUAUUCGACUGUGUCUUUAUGUUUACGAUGUUUGUGUCUGUCCUCACACUGAAGCUUGAGUUGAGACGUGUACAAGAUCCAUCUGGGAGUGUUGAUGGAUUUGAUGGACAACCUGGAGCUCCUGGACUACCAAGGGCCUUAUCUGUAGAAAAGCUAUCAGACGCUCUCAAGAAAGGCGAUGGUGAAAAGCAGUCGGAGAACGCGGUGAUUGGACGUGCCAAGCUCUUCUUCAUUUUGGUCAUUUUGGUCUUACACGCUCUGAAUGCUGGAACGGCCUACACAUAUACCUCCAGCCAGACUGCCUUAAUCAGCAUGGAUGUCGACAAUGCUGGCACGGCUGCAUUGCUCAACACCUUCCGAGCGACAAUGCCAUCCAGCGCUUCCUCAGUAAUAGUAGAUGUGUCUCGUCCAUUUAUUGUCUAUCCAGUGAGAUACGACUUUGAUGAACUGGAAGCAGUGCCUGUUGCACCGGUCGUCAAUCAAACUCUGGCUCUAUUGGUGGAUGUCUUCCAUCAUGCUCGCUUCUUUGUCCUGUCUUCACAUAUAAUGCCAGCACUGUUAUCAAAUGGUCUGGCCAUGGUUACCAUAUACGCAUUCUACCGCUACUUUUCAUGGUUGGCCAAACGGGCUGAAUCACGUAAAGUCAAACAGGCAGCAUCAAAACGUGAUGCCUCUGUUGGUACAGAUCCCAUUUUAGAAGCUUCUGCUUCUGCUGCAGCACCACCAGCAUAUAGUCCACCAGUAGCUGGUAGUAGACAGCCACCACGAGUAGAUUCUGGGGUGGAAGUACCUCAAUUCGCUGGAGAAAAGGAUCAACAAAGAGCACCAAGGUCUACAGAAGAAUGUGUAGCCCUGUUUAAAUCUGGAGAUCUCGACCUUCUAAAUGACGCUGAAGUCGUUUUAUUGGUUGAUGCUGGCAAAAUUGCUGCCUAUGCUCUGGAAAAGGUUCUGAAUGAUUGUGUGUGGGCCAUUCGAGUGAGACGUAUUCUUAUCAGUCGACUUGCCAAGUCUGACUUGACAAAGUCCACGUUACCUCUUGACCGAGAGCCAUUUGAUUAUACCAAGGUUAUGGGUGUAUGCUGUGAAAACGUUAUUGGAUACCUGCCUAUUCCCGUUGGGGUUGCUGGUCCAUUAACAAUUGAUGGCGUCCAAUAUCAAAUACCGAUGGCUACUACUGAAGGUGCUCUAGUAGCAUCAACUUCUAGAGGAGCCAAAGCAAUCUCAAUGGGUUCGGGGGCAUCCACAGCUUUAUUAGCUGAUGGUAUGACUCGAGGCCCAGUAGUUACCUUUCCAAGUUUAUUAAGGGCAGCAGCCUUAAAAACAUGGAUGCAAGGUCCUGGAUUAGAACUCGUCCAGAAUGCAUUCAAUUCAACGUCCAGAUUCGGUCGUUUGAAUAGUGUAAAGAUUACCUUGGCUGGUAAAUUGGCCUUUUUAAGGUUCUCGACAACCACUGGAGAUGCUAUGGGUAUGAAUAUGAUAUCCAAGGGUGUUGACAAGGCAUUGGAUCUUGUUACAAGUCAUUUCCCUGAUAUGGAGAUAAUAUCUAUCAGUGGAAACUAUUGUACGGACAAAAAACCUGCCGCCAUUAACUGGAUAGAUGGUCGUGGUAAAUCAGUAGUAGCUGAAGCAGUUAUACCCCAAGCCAUCGUCACUUCAGUACUCAAAACGACCGUAAAGGCUUUGGUGGAGCUCAACAUCUCCAAAAAUUUAGUUGGAUCAGCCAUGGCUGGAGCUAUGGGUGGAUUUAAUGCACACGCAGCCAAUAUAUUAACGGCCGUCUUUAUCGCUACUGGUCAAGACCCAGCCCAAAAUGUAGAGUCAUCGAAUUGCAUCACGCUUAUGGACGCGUGCAAUGAUGGGAAAGAUCUAUACAUAUCAUGUACCAUGCCUUGUAUUGAGGUUGGAACGGUUGGUGGUGGAACGGCUCUGCCUGCUCAAUCGGCAUGUUUGGAAAUGCUGGGAGUGCGGGGUGCCCAUGCUGAAACUCCAGGAGAGAAUGCUAGACGGUUGGCACGUAUUAUAUGUGCUUCUGUUAUGGCUGGUGAAUUGAGUUUAUGUUCUGCUUUAGCUGCUGGACAUCUUGUCAAGAGUCACAUGCAGCACAAUAGAUCUGCAGUGUCACUGCCAUCGUUGGCUAUGGCUUCCUCUGGAAAUGCUCAUCUUGGAAAUGGAAGGCCGCCUUUGCCAAUUUUGAGGAGAGAGUAG